UAAUGGUACGCUCUGCUAUACUGAACCUCACUUCCGGAAAGUGAUUCGGGGGACAACAGUGUUUUUGAUUUAGUGGUAAAGCAGAAUGAGUGCAGGAGAACCAAACCCAGCCGCCACACCCACUCCCUGUGAAGACACGCAGGGAGAUGGACGAUGGAUGUCUAUGCACAAUCGGUUUGUGUCCGACAGCAAAGACAAAGAACCUGAUGUCCUGUUUGUUGGAGACUCUCUUGUUCAGCUCAUGCACGAGUUUGGGAUAUGGCGUCAGUUGUUCUCACCUCUCCAUUGCCUUAAUUUUGGGGUGGGUGGUGAUGCAACACAACAUGUGCUGUGGCGACUGAGCAACGGUGAACUGGAUAACAUCAGCCCAAAGGUCGUAGUGCUGUGGGUAGGAACUAACAAUCACGGUCACACUCCUGAACAGAUCUGUGGAGGCAUCUUGGCUAUUAUCCAAGUUAUCAAGAACAAGCUUCCCAAUGCCCACACGCUUGUACUUAGUUUACUGCCCAGAGGAAAAAUGCCAAACCCUCUACGGGAUAGAAAUGCCAAGGUGAACGAGCUAGUAAAGGACACCUUAACAUCUCUUCCUCAUGCCUCCUUCUUCAAUGUAGACCCCGGCUUUGUUCACUCCAAUGGUAGCAUCUCCCACCAGGACAUGUACGACUACCUUCACCUGACCCCAAAAGGAUAUCAAGCUGUAUGUGAACCCUUGCAUGCCCAUAUCAAAGCCCUGCUAGGUGAACCUACUGACAACUGAGCAUCUAGGUCACAAAAGUACACUACCACAGUGGUCCUUGUCCCUGUUUCAAGAAACCAUUGCACUUAUAUUAUUAAGAUGUGUAAUGAUGGAUAGAAUCAGUUAUUAAGGGCUAAGAGCUGCAUAAACUAUUUGUGGAAGACCUUUUCAAGGCUUGGGUUGGUGACCACUGUUAAAGACAAUGUGACCAUACCGUUUUUGUUUAUAUGAAUUGACAAAGUCCUACUUCCAUUCCCAAUAUUGCACCUGUUCCAUUAGCUUCUCUGACACACAGAAUCAAUACAAUUGAACAAUUUUGUUUGUCAUCCGGGGACCCUCUGGUUUAAGAGAAUAAUAAUGAGCUAAUUAUACUGUCCAUUAUCGCCCUCAUGAUUGGCACCGCUCACUAAAAGUGAUGUCACAUCCACUGGUGCAAGUUUUUGUGUCAUUUUAGCCGGUCGCACACCUCUCAAUUUUUUUACCUGUGUGUGGGUGGCAUUUGCACCAUGGCCGGUAAUUCCCAAAUUAUACAGAGGGAGAUGCUCCAACAGCUUGACAAAAAGACUUCUUAAAAACUCAGCUUCUGGUUUGAGCUUCUUCUACUCUUAAAGAGGGCUGAUGUGGAGGUUUUAUCUCAGUGAUGACAGUUUGUUUUAGAAAAUGCUGUAGCGGGUAACUGAGCCCUAAGCACCAGUAUUAAUGGUGACUGCUGUGGUGAUAUCACUGUUUUCAAACGACACGACUAAUGCGCUGACCAUAAAGCACCCUUCAACUAUACGUGAAGAGAUGGCUGUUAGAGCACACAUCAGUCCAGAUGUUCAGUGGUCAUGAAUAAAUUUCACAGGUAGGCAGCAGCUUUAUAUUCUAAGGAAGACAUCCUGUAGGUCAAACCGCUGAAUGCACCUUGUUAAAGGCUUGCUGUGCUGCAGAUCUUAUCCCUUUGGCUAUAGCUCAUGAAUCCUUCACACACACACAACAGGUUGCACUUUCUUGAACUUUAGGAACAGGAGCUUGUUGGAAAAGGAUGCAGGAUGUAUCAGGUUUAAGCCAAAAUAUGCCUGUGUACAAGAUACAACAACUGCCCUUCUUAGAAGAUCCUUGUAAAUCAUCUCAAUUUCACUGUUCUUCAGGUUACCUUUAUUUGGCAAUAGCUUUAUUGCGAUGUCUGAUGUGUUUGGUUUCUUUUUUGUACCUGUUCAUUUGAAGGACCAAAGUUUUUUGGGGUUUUUUUUGUUUGUUUUUUUGCUUGUCUGCACUUGCAAACAAUUGACCGUUACAGUUUACUUGCUUUUCAGCAUAUCAUGUUAUCUCAUUAAUGCCCUUGUAUCUUUUCCUUUAUCCAUAACAACAACAGUGUAUUCAUAUGAGAGACUGUUUUGUUGCAAGGAUAGAUGUGUUUGAGUAGGUCGAGAAGCUGUGCUGAUACAUUUAGAUGUCUGUGAAUUGAGAAGUCUUUUGUAAUGGCUCCUUCAAAUAUUUAAAGGCUUUACUUCACACUAACAUGCUUCUGGGCCUCUUGUGUGAGGACUGUGCUACAUUACAUGAACAAUUGGAUGGCCAACUGUGUAAGUGAUGAAAGAUAUGCAUUAAAUAUCAAAACAAGA